AUGAUUUCGAUGAUUAUAGCGCAGAUAUGUUCAAUAAGCAUCAAUGUUAUCAUCAUUUCCGAAUUCUCGAUAUUCGUGAGGUGCAUACAAAUCAGAUUCAAAUUAGUUAAUAAACUUCUGAGCGAAGGGGGGACAAUGUCAACAGUUGAAAAGAUGAAAUUGGGUUUCUCUGGUCUCUUUGCUGCGGAAGAUUACACUAAAAUAACAGGCAACAAACAAUGCCAGAAGAUUAUUUCUAUAAAGGUGUUGCCUAAACAUAUUCAUCUAGAACUGUGCAGGAUAUUAAGAACGCUGUGCACCAGUUUUGGCAUACAGGUCACUAUAGAAAUCGGUACUUCCGUCAUAUAUACCACUGGACUUUUAUAUCAUUUGUACGUUCAGUUGUUCUAUCAAAGACAAAGCAAACACCCGCUUGACCAAGUACAUUUCCUAGUCAGUUCAAUUAUCUUUCACAUACUAAAAAUUGUCCUCAUUAAUGGUGUUUGUAAACACGCGGCCAGCGAGGGAAAGAAGACUAUUGAGAUCAUCCGCCAGAUUUACGGAUGCUGCCAGGAUACCAAUAUACGAGAGGAGAUUCAGCAGUUUGAUUUACAGAUAUCGCAAAGCCCGGUGGAAUUCUUCACGUUUGGCCUCACCUUAAAUUAUCAGCUUCUGACAUCGUGUCUGACAACCGUGACGACUUAUAUGGUUAUCAUGAUUCAGAUGAGCAUCUCUCUGGAGUCAAGUAAAAAUAGUUGA